AUGAUUGUAGAGGACACCGCUGCGGCUGAGGUGCCGACCGUUCGGCGGGUGCGCCGGAUGCGCACGCACUUUGAGCGUCUGGUGCGCCCAGCCGAGGUGCAGCCAGGCGACCCGAUGCCCAGCAUUGAGGGGUGGGUCCUGUUCCUCACAAACCUGCCGCCCAACACAACCACUGACCACGUCCUCGAUCUCUUCCUCACCUACAAGAAUGACGAGGGCGAGGGGUAUGCCCCAGUCCGCGAGGUAAAACUGCCGCUGGACAAAAACUGCUCUUGCCGCGGCUACGCGUUGGUUGAGCUGGAGCGGAAGGAGGCGUUUGAGCGGGCGCUGCGGGAGUUGCAGGGCAUCGUGUUGCCCUUCGCGGAGGGCGAGCCGCCGACGGGGGAGGAGGUUUGGCGGCUUCAGAUCGCGCCGACCUUUUUGGGCGAGGAGGACGGCGACGAUAUUCCUUUGGCGGGCGAGAAGCGGUCCCUGGAGUGCACGCAGUGA